CGAGCGAUGUUCAGCUUUAACCCCAACAUUUAAGUAGUAAUAGUUAUUUUUAUACUUCUGAAGAAUGGUAGAAAUUAAGACAAAUUUCCUAUUAAUUUGUUUCUUGGUGAAUAAUAUGGCACAACAAUGGUAUCGAAUGAGGACAACAUAUCCGGAUUUUUUGGCAAUUUGUAGUGAACAAAAAGUUGCGAGUUUUUUAUCAUGCGCGGCACUUGGACGAGAAACAAACGAUGUUACCUUUUUCUUUGAGUCGGAUAAAAACCACUGUCGAUGGAAUUGUACGUUCAUUUUCAGGACUGGUGUGUCCGAUGGAAGUAAUGAGUGGCGUAAAUACGAGGUCGAAUCGACGAAGAAUUCAGCACUCAAGAAGACCAUCACAAGUUCCUCAGUUUACGGUAAUGCUUACCAUGAUUGGUCACCAAAAUAUGCCACAGAUAGUUUUUUCCAAAGUGGAGGAAUAAAAAUAUUUCAUUCAGCAAAUGAAACAUCCCCAUGGAUUAUGGUUGACUUGAAAGAUGUAACAACAGUUAUAUAUCUACGCAUAUAUGUUAGAAUGGACGGCCUAGGUGAGAGAUUCCAUGACGUUGCUGUUGAAGUGGCCAAUAGCAGCUCUUACAUACAACGCGGAUUUUACAAAGGCCCAGCUAUGACGCAAGAGGUGGUGGAGAUUUUAUGUGAUGACCCGACUAAUGCUCGCUAUGUUCGACUGAGAAUUAUCCAUGGAACAGGGAAUGUCCUCAAUAUUGCAGAGCUAGAAAUACACACGAAAUAGAAUUUUUAUUAUUAUCUUUUUAAAUUUUAUUGUAUUUUUGGAAGAAAAAUGAUCACAUUAAUCAUUGAAAUUGUUUUGUUUUUGUUCCCUGAUUCCUAUAAAGGUUAAACUUCACAUAGAAUUGCAGGUUAGACGAUAGAGAAAUGAUUCAAAUGAACUGGUUCUUCUGUCUUGCACUUUCCUAAUAGCUUAUAAAAAAGCUAUAUAAAAGUACAAUUACAACGAGAGUCUCUGAUAAAUAUUCAAUUUAUAAUAAAAUUAAGAACUUUCUAAUAUAAAAAUCUGAGAGAAGGUAUCCAGACGAAUGUGUUUGAUUUAUGCAAUAUUUGGCAAAAGAAAAAAAUACCAAGUUCAACAGCUUAUAUCACAGAUUAAAAAAAAUCAAAACCUAAACACUAUGAAUGUUCUGACAUAAGCAAAUAAAAAAAAGGUUUAUAUAUUAAACAUAUGCAAUCAAAUAUUAUUAAAUUCAUCUCCAAUUUUACAAUUUUUACUCUUCUUUACCUUUAUAUACCAAAUUUGGUUGAAAUUAGUUUAGUCGUUGUAAGAAUAAGCUAAAAAUGUUCAAAAGUUUACGACCGCCAAACAAUGAGGGACGUAUGAUGAACGACGAUAAAAAAACAGACAACAACAGGUCACUUGAGUGACUCAUGUGAACAAAAGUUAUAACCAAAGAAUAAAAAAUAUCAGGUGAUUAAUGAAUAUCGUAACCAAUCGCUCCAUGUCUACAUGUAUAUGCUUGUCUCUUUUAAAUUUCCCUGUCACUGUCUUUGCCCAAGCUUUAUGUAUACCAAGUUGACGUUGACGUAACUUUUGAAGACGUACUCGGACAUCAAAAUUGAACGAUGCAUACUGAAUUCUAUUCUUAUAAUAGCCGAUAAUCAAAAUAAAAGGGAUGUGUUAUAACAACCAAAUAUUGCCGCAAAGAGUUGUGUAUUAAAUUUUUAGCACAUCCUAUGCUAAUCAUAGGGUUUAUAACACAAGGAUUUUCGGUUCAUAUUGCGUAGGGCGGAAAAGGAUAAAUUUUGUUUAAGUUUACAAAAUAGUUACGUAAUUUUGAAGGAAACAACCAUUGUGUAGAAAAUGAUAUGCUUUGCGGCUGAUUUUUUGACGACACUUGUGAUUAUCUGUUUUUUGUCAAUCGUUAGUAUAUAUAAAUCAAUAAAUAAAUACAUUACGGAUACAAAACUUUAUACAUUGCUAGAAAUAAAUCGCUUAAGUUUCCUUGUUUUGUGCUAAAUUAAAUACGGCGUUAUUUUUAAAUCAGGAUUUACAUCGUAUUGAUUGUUUUUUCCCAGAUAAAUUGAUUUAGUGGAUGAAUAUCAACUUAAAGGUGCCGAACAUGAUUUAGAUAAUGCACUCAAUAAAAUGUUAUGAAUUCAAAAUUAAUAUAUUGAGCGUUAACAUUGAGAAAGUUCAUUUACAAUGUAAACAAAAUUUUUAACACAGUAUCUAUAAAAUAUGAUAAAUCGAUUCAUAGAAAAUUUGAAACCAUUUGUAUAAGAUCUUAAUGGCAGUCAAAAGGAUCAUACCAGAAUGUUUGUUUAAUGAACAUUUUCUCUAAAUAAUGUAUGUUUAUUGGAGAAUGUCAAAGUUUGCGCUGUCUCAUGUCUGUAAUUCCUUGUUCUAUGCAUUUUGCAAAAAAAUGCAUGUUUAUUGAGAAAUGCAGCAAACUGAUAAGAGUUCUUGGAAUGUUGAUUAUAGUUUACUCUAUAGUGUAUAUGUCUUUUAGAUAACUUACAUAAUGAAUUUUUUAACAUAUCGUUGUAUCAGCUUCAUGGCAUUAAAGGAAUACCGAUCCCCUGCUAUAAGUUUCACAAUAUAUGUUU